CGCUUCUCCAAUUAAUUGCUUGAACGCGCCCUUUCCCCCUCACAUUUCUUUUCUCUCUCUCUCUCUCUCACGUCGUCUCCAUUCACCUAUCGAUCCCUUCGGCUUCCAAGGUGGAAGAUGGCAGGUAAGGGUGGAAAGGGGCUUGUUGCUGCAAAGACGACAGCAGCGUCCAAGGACAAGGACAAAAGAAAGCCGGUUUCGCGAUCUUCUCGUGCUGGACUCCAGUUUCCAGUUGGUCGUAUUCACCGACAGCUGAAAUCCAGAAUUGCAGCCAAUGGCCGUGUUGGUGCAACAGCAGCAGUGUACUCUGCAGCUAUUCUCGAAUACCUUACUGCCGAGGUUUUGGAGCUGGCUGGGAAUGCCAGUAAGGACUUGAAGGUGAAGCGAAUCACUCCUCGUCACCUUCAACUGGCGAUUCGAGGAGACGAAGAACUUGAUACUCUCAUCAAAGGAACCAUUGCUGGAGGAGGUGUAAUUCCCCACAUUCACAAAUCUCUCAUCAACAAAUCUACCAAGGAAUGAAUAUAAUUUCAUAUGCUUUGCUUAAUUUUGUAUUUCUUAUGUUUUGCUUUGGAUUUCUGUGCUUUUAACAUGGUAAUUGAAACAAUUAUGUUAUGUUUCUUGACUUUUAGGUCUUGGUUGGUAGUGUACUUUGUUCCCUGUUUUAGACUCCCUAUUUGUUUCUUGUGUUAGUUGCAGAAAGGAUGCGGGUUUAUGGUUUUUAGUGUUGUCAAUGAUGCCUUGU